ACUUUCACACUUGCCUAUUUGCAUCACUUCAAACAAAUUUGAGCAAAAGGAAAGGACAUCUGACCCUCAACGUGGCGAUGGAGCAUUCUAUUGGACACAAAUGAAGAAAGACUGGCUGCUUGGGUUACAGACAGGACACCACAUUUUCCUAAACACUUGGAAUAAUGAUUUUGUUCUGUAAAGUUGCGGACAUCGAUCGAGACACCCCCUUCUGAGGAAGCGUGUGCCAUGCAUUUUCAAACUCCAAUUCAAAAGCUAUGGAAAUGAUUAUGCAAAGAUAAGUCUAUCUAUUUAAUUCCCUCUCUUGUAAUGUAAACAAGCCCUCAGAUAACCCUAUGAAGGUUUUACGAUCUAAGACCAUCCAGUUAAAGAUGUGGCUACUUUUUAGCAAUGGGAUAGGAUUUCAAGGCCGUAACUCAUAAUUGCAGAUAAUGUGAAUCCAUACAUUUGAAGCGCCAGCCACCCUAGAAAAAUGGUGCAAAGUGAAAAUGACACAGCUCUCAGAAUUCAUUUGGAAGUAGAUAAGGUAUUAUCUGCCCGUUUUAAAUUACAACAUCCACCAUGUAAUUACCAGGAUGUCCUUGGAUAUAAGAUGAAAAUCACAAUGACCUUUCCAGGUUUAAAAAAUAGACAAAAAUAGAACAAGUCAUUCAGAGAGUCACUUUAAUUCCAGUAGCCAACCUAUCCUGUCGGAAAGACUAGAGGUCCCAGGCUCAAGGCAAAACAUUUUAAGAAAGCAAAUAAAAUGGGAAACGGUACACUUGAUCAUUUAACAGGUCUGGAUACUUAAUGGCUGCAAUUUCCCAUACGAUAUAUAGCAAUGCACAGAUGUUUAGACACAUGACGUUAGAGGUGAAGUAUACAGACGGACCUACAUUAGUUUACUUACUUACUACUUUAAAAUACAAGACACAACCACAAUCUUUUAAAUAAGAGACAUGAUGACAUUCUAUCCGCCACACUUACUCUGUGGCUGUGGUUUCUACAGGAGGUCAGGUCUAUAGAGUUUUAACUUUAUCCCACUUACCAGCAGUGUGUCUCUGACUGUGUUCAUGGCUGAACUUGAAGGGGCUUAUUGCUAUUUGUUCUUCAAACUGGGGAGAAAUGUCCUAAAGCAGUCACAGGGGAGGGGGCAUGUUGUUAACCCCCUUUGCCUAAUGCUUCAACACAGUGCUGCUGUGUGAUUAAUUAGCUUCAUGUGAAUUCCAGGCAAAAAUGUGUCUUUGUUUAUGACUGCAAUUAAUGUCCUAGUGCAACCAACAGUUAAUGUUUUGCUAAUGUUUUGCAUCUGUUUAAGAUUUUUUGGGGUUGAAGCUGAAUGUAUUGGCACCCUUGGCCCUUCCACAAAUAACUCACAUUGUUUCUAAAAAUAUGUUGAAAUCUACCAAAGUAGAUCAGAAAAUAAACAGGAAUGGCACUGACAAAAUUAUUGACACCCAAUAUAGUCAUAAUUAUUGACUCAGUAUUUGAUAGAACAGCCAGCACUGCAACCAAGCAAAUGCAACUCUGGCCCUUUUCCUAUAAUCACAAAUGCAACUCUGUACUGGCCCUUUUCCUAUAGUCACAAAUGCAACUCUGUACUGGCCCUUUUCCUAUAGUCACAAAUAUAACUAUGUACUGGCCCUUUUCCUAUAGUCACAAAUGCAACUCUGUACUGGCCCUUUGGCCCACUUCUGUGCAAACUGCUCCAGUUCUCCCAGAUUGGAAGGGUGUCUCCCAAAUGCUGUUUUCAGAACUCUCCACAUAUUUUCGUCUGGGUUUAGAUCUGGACUCAUUGCUGGCCACUUCAAAAGAGUACAGUGAUUUUUGAAGUGUUUUGUGUGUCAUUGUCCAGCUCUAUGAUCCAUGACCUUUAACAGAUACCCACACAGAGACAUAAAACAGGAGAUGGAAUAAUUUUCUCUGUUCAAACUACAGUAGUUGAAAGACUGUUUUUCAUAUUGCAGGCAUUUGCAAAGCACCACGGGGGAUUUAAAUUCCAAAGUAAAGGAGAAUCACCUCCUUGAAAUGUAAUAAUUUCAACCUACUUCCAGAAAGUGCCAGUAAUAUUGUCUGGGUCAUUUUAGGAUUUCUUUGUGGAAUAAGAUUUGGUUUUGCUAAACUAUAAACCAAAGAAAUGCAUAUGUGGAUAGAAAAACAUUUGUUAUUUCUCAUUUAGCGCUUCCGUUUAUUCUCAUUCAACCUGGAUGUUUUUACCAACACACACCCACUGGAGGAUAACACAUUCACCCACAAACCCCCACCACUAUUGCGCUAGUAGACCCCAAACCUACCACAAGGAGUUGCUAGAGCAUUAGGAGCCAAGGUAGACCUGGCCAUUAUUUACCUGUCCACUCCAAGGUGGCCAUUUGCCUUUGUCAUUUUGCCUUGACAGGAUUUAAUCCACUGGCGCAAUGAUCCAGAUGUAACACGAAGCUGGCACUUCGACGGUACAGUCGAGUGCCAGCGAUAAGAGCCGAUACAGUGAUGUUCAACUGGCGUGGUAGUGCAGCAUUUAAGAUCAUUCUCCCCCAAUCAUACAUACAUACAUACAUACAUACAUACAUACAUACAUACAUACAUAUAUACAUCAAAUAAAAUCUUCAUAAAGCUUGUCGUUUCUGCCUAGAUGCGUUUUGUGCUUCUUCUGGGAGUAAUGCAUCUAGCCCUCAGUGUUUUCAAUUUAUGUUUGACCUCUAUCUUUUAUCACCAUCUUUGAUUUAGAAUCCUCAAUCCAACAGUGUCUCUGAUGUCAUUCUCGAUUUAUAUACUUGACAGUCAGUUAAAUUCACAAGGAUUCUCCCAUAAACCAAACAGACUCAACUAAAACUAAACAACAGCUAACAAUAAACACAUCCAUUCCCAAUUCCUUUAAAUUAAUUGUUAGAGAGGAUACACAGAGCAACUCCGAGUUUUAUUUUGCAGCUUUGACUGAAGUAUGUAUAUUUACAUUCCUCCAGCUUUAGCAGUGGCGGAAAGAGGAAGGAGGUCCCCUACAACUUGCUCACAGUUAGCAAGACUAAUGCAGCUGAGUGGGAUUGAGCUAACACUCCCUGAGGUAUAAGACAGGUGUGCCAAUUAACGAGGCUGUCUGGCAGCCGGUUACUCCAGUUUGAUAAUUACACCCAGCUCUGUGGAUUUCAGCUGAGAAUCGAACCCACCAACUAGUGGGGGCACCCACCUCUCCCCGAGCAUUCUGACCUUAUUGGGUCAACUUUCUCUCUGGCCACACACACAUCACACUUGUACUCCUCUUUCAACCCGAGAUCAAUGGCAGAUGCUACUUAAAAUGUUUCUUUUUAUCCCUCGUUAUCACGAAUGGAGAACUGGCCUCAUUUCAUUCUCCUGAGGUAAAAUAUCGCCAUGGUCAUUAUUUUUCCAGGCUGUCAAUAUGGCAAGAUUUUCUGGCUUAGUGACUACAAACACUCUCAGUAGUUGGCUUUAAUGAAGAGACUAUUGGCCUAUCUGCCACGGCAAGUCAAUUUGUCCCUUUGUUUCCUUUGGUUCACAAAGAGGCCUAUCAUACUAAAUAAAAACAGCCUUCUAAGACCAAGGGUAAAUGUUUAAAAAUUAAAUGCAACGUACAGCAGCUGACAUGAAAGUAUGCAGAACUAAAGACUGAUAAAAUAUUUAACAAGUCUUAACUUAAUGUCACAGGACCAAAAAAAUGUAAAAAAUUUAGAGAGGCAGUAUAUUUCCAAAGCUUCAGAGCGGAUGGGCUGAGAGGCAAGGAUAAGGACCGAAUACAGCCAGUCAGUCUGUAACUAGAGGCCAUUCUUCAGGUGGAGAAGUGGUCUAAAGCGUUCUUUCUGAGCAGUAGCAAGCUGACCACUGCAGUCUAGGUUUGACCCUUGACUGUGCCUCUAGCUGACAAGCGACUCUGACGGGAAAGGCAGUGGAAAUUGGCCAGCAUGGGAUCUUCUGGUCUCAUCACACUUUAGCGACUCCCUCAGGUUGCUGGGGUGCCAGCAUAGAUAACUGAGGUCAGAAGCUGAUCUGGUUCUCAGCUUCAAUAUAAAACUACUAAUAGACAGUGGGAAAGAGAGGCGUCUUCAAGCCGUCCUUGUGGUGAAAUCACCUGGAAACGUGCCUGGUGGUUGCGGCAGGCCCCCCGUCAGAUAUGAAGUUGGGCGGAGAGAGGCAGAAACCAAUCAAUGGACGGCUGCGUUGAUUGGUCGGUAGACUUGAAGAGGUAUCGGGUUCUAGCGGGGGAACCAGUGAGAGUCAAGUGUGCCCUGUUCUACAGCUACAUCAGGACAAACUACUCCAUGACCCAGAGCGCAAAGAUCAGACUCAUCUGGUACAAAAACAAAGGGGACUCCGAGGAGCCUAUCAUUUUCUCCGGCCAUAGGCUCAGCAAAGAGGAAGACUCCAUCUGGUUCCGCUCAGCAGAGCUGGAGGACAACGGCUUCUACACCUGCGUCCUGAGGAACUCCACCUACUGCAUGAAGGUGUCCAUGUCCUUAACGGUGGAAGAGAAUGACGAGGGCCUGUGCUUCAACAGUAAAAUACGCCACCUGGAGAAAGCCGAGAUCACUAAGAGCAAGAUGAUCGGAUGCCCUGACAUCGAAGACUACCUCGCUCCUUACAAACAGCCUCAGAUGACCUGGUAUAAGGAGUGCGAGAGGAAGACGUGGCGCAGCUCCAUUAUGGUCAACACCACCAACAUCUGGUUUCCCGAGGUGCAGGAGGAGGACGGGGGCAACUACACCUGUGAGCUCAAGUACGGAAGCAGGGUAGUGAGGAGGACCACCGAGCUCAAAGUCACAGCUCUCCUCACCACCAGACCCCCGAAGGUCCUGUUCCCCACUGAGCGACAGGCUAGUAUUAUCGAUGUCCAACCGGGUAUGCCCCUGAGCCUGGACUGCAAGGCCUUCUUCGGAUACAGUGGAGAGUCCAGGCCAAUCAUCUACUGGAUGAAGGGGGAAAAGUUUGUGGAGGAGCUGGCAGGUCACAUUAAAGAGAGUGAAGUCAGCAUGGAGGCUUCCCACGGCACGCUCCAUCAGCCUGGCCUGAGCCGUCAGGCUGCCCUCCAUUCAGCACUCCUCUGGAAAAACACGCUACAUGAGGCCCGACACCGACCAGGCCAAGUACUGAAGGAGUAUCUAGGGGAGAAGGAGGUGGAGCUGUCCCUGACUUUUGACGCAGUGGAGGAGACGGAUCUAGGAAACUACACCUGCUGCGUGGAAAACCACAUCGGACGGAGCAGUGGCAGCGCCAUCCUACAGAAGAAAGAUAUGUACAGGCUGGAGCUGGCUGGUGGACUGGGAGCCAUCCUGCUGCUACUGGGCGUCUUCACAGCCAUCUACAGGUGCUAUAACGUGGAGAUCAUGCUUUGCUACCGGAGGCACUUUGGAAGUGACGAGACAGAGGAUGACAACAAGGAGUAUGAUGCAUAUUUGUCAUACACAAAAGUGGAGCUUGAUUCAACGGACAGGAGCUCCAGUGAAGAGGAGCAGUUUGCUCUGGAAAUCCUGCCAGAUGUUCUGGAGAAACACUAUGGAUACAAGCUGUUCAUCCCUGACCGGGACCUCAUUCCCAGCAGCCACAGCAUCUACAUUGAGGACCUGGCGCGGAGUGUAGAGCAGAGCAGACGGCUGAUCAUUGUGUUGACCCCCGAGUUUGUGGCCAAACGCGGCUGGAGCAUCUUCCAGCUGGAGACACGGCUUCACAGCAUGCUGGUGACUGGGGAGAUCAAAGUGAUCAUGAUCGAGUGUGCCGACCUGAAGAACGUCAUCAACUACCAGGAAGUGGAGGCCCUGAAGCACACCAUCAAAGUGCUCACCAUCAUCAAGUGGAGAGGCCCUAAGAGCAAUGAGCUCAAGUCUAAGUUCUGGAAGCAGGUGAUCUGCGAGAUGCCGGUGAAGAGGAAGGAGGUACUGUCUCGCCGGCAGGUGCUGGACUCCGGGGAGCAGGGCCUGUUUGGUGACUUGCAGACAGUCUCCACCAUUGCUAUGACGACCACUUCUGCCUCGCUGGCACCAGCGCACCACGCUGAGAUCCCAGACUUUAACCAGACGGGCCACCCCCAGAUGAGACACUACUGCAGCCGCGGGUACGAGUAUGAGAUACCCAGCUCCCCCAUGCGGAUAGCCACCUUAAGUAACCGUCACAUGUACUGCAAUAUCCCCAUGACCCUGCUCAACGGGCAGGUAGCUCAGAACAACACGCUUGGAAAAAGUAAGCAGGAGAUUCACUUGAACAGCACUUUUCUCCCUCUAUCUGGAAGGGAACUCACAAGUGAUAUCUGGUAGACUGAUACACAGCAACCGGCCUGAUGGGUUGAUGUUUUUUUCGGGUUUUUUUCUAUCUGCAUGAAGACUCAUUUAGACAAAACACUGAUCAAAAAUGACUCUGGACACAGUAAUUUCUCAAGAACUACUUUCAAUAGCAAUUAAAUGUUUUCUGGAUUUUCUUUUUUCUGUUCAGCCAUAAAACGAAAAAAGGGAAAAAAAGGAGUCGCUCCAGUCAUAAUUUUCUUACUUGAAAAAUGUCUCCUUUUUGGAGAUGGGUAAUAAAUGAAAAAAAAUCCUUGUUUUUAAUGAUCAAGGUAUUGUUAUUAUGUACAGUUUUCAUAUCUUAUAGACAUUCAUGAUGAUUUUAAGAUUUUAUUGGUGUAUGAGUAUGUGAGUGAAUCCACAUUUAAAGAUUCUGACCUUGGAUUUUUUUAUUGGAGGGGGGGGGGCAGUUCUCAUUACAUCACAAUUCUGUAAAGACAAUGAACACAUCAUUCUCUGUGAGCUUAAACAAUGUUACAGUAUAUUUAAGCAAAUUAAUAAUGUUUGAAUUGUCAUUGUUUGAGGCCAAUUAAAUAUGAAUAUUUGAAAUGUUUAAUACAA